UGUAGUUUCUCGACAAACUUGUUUUGAAUAAAAUAAUUAUUGAUUCGAAGUUAAUUCUUUAUCAUUUUAGCGGAAAUAUAAAUCUAUUAUAAAAAUCUAUGGUGGAAUAAUUAGUAUUUAAUUAUUACACGAAACGAUGAAAGUGACAAAGCAUAAAAAGGCAAGGAAAUAUCUGAGCUUCUAUAUAAACAACUUCGGCUUCCGAGAACCACUGCUGGUUCUUAUUGACGGAACGUUUUGCCAUGCUGCCUAUAAGGCGCGCAUUCAAAUCGAAGAUCAGCUGAAAAAAUACUUUCAAUCCGAGUUGAAGUUAAUUGUUACUGCCUGCAUCAUCACGGAAACGGAAAACAUUGGAGGUCCGCUGGUAGCCGUUUGCCAACUGCUGAAGAAAUAUCUCGUCCACAAAUGCGGUCAUGAAAAGCAACCCAUCUCCGGAUUGGCCUGCAUCCGGGCGAUGACUAAAACGUGUAACUAUAUUGUUGCAACCCAGGAUCGAGAUCUGCAGGAGUGGAUCUGUGCGAGGGCAGGCAUCCCACUGUUUUACCUGCAUAACAGUCUGGUCCCAACGUUGGUGCAACCGUCGGAUGCCAGCGUUAGGGCAGCCGCUAGCAAAACUCAAUCUAAGGUACAAGUUCGAGAGAUAGACGAACGGAGGUUGACCAGCUUGAAAAAGAAGGAAGGAAUUUUGGUGACAAAUGAGCAGACGUCGUUGAAAAGAAGGAAAAAGGUUAAGAAUCCUAACCCGUUGUCCUGCAAGAAAUCUAAGAAAAAGAAUAACAAAGUGGUCGAAAAUCGAGAUGGGGUGCAGGAUCAUGGCGUUGAGAAGAAAAAACGAAAAAGAAUUAGGUUACCGAAACAUGUUAAAGAGCACUUAAAAAACAAUAAACAAAUCACGGUUUGUUAA